AACCAAGAAACAAUAACAAUUUUGCCUCCCGAAGUUUUGUUUUAAUAGAUUAUUAGAUUUUGUAAACAUUAAUUGUUUUUAAGCUAAAUAAAAUUCGACUUAUUAAAUAAUUUUACAAAAAAUGAAUAAAAGACCGAGCCGAAAGGAUACUGAAGAUGACAUUCUGGAGAUGCAACGCGCAUUUUUGGCUGAAAAGGCCAAAAACACUGCAUUUCAGCCAGCAGCUAGUAUUGUAAAACCAGAAAAAGCUCCAAAGAAAUCCAUAUUUGCGAAAAGUCGAGAAAAACAACAAAAUCCAAGUGAACAUCGAGCAACAACUGCAUCAAGUGCAAAUAAUGUGAAAAACAUUGUCAAGACGGAUGAUGCCAAAGUAAAUGUAGACGAGUUAGACAGGAAAACCACUCCCUCAUCAAAUCUUAUUCUAGGAGAUAUUGUUGAAAAAACGUUUGCUUCACCAAAAGAAACAUCUGCCACAGAAGCCAAUGACUCUUUUCCAAAAGUCGAGAGAGUUUCACUGAGAGAGAAUUGUGGUGGAAAGAGCCUUUUUGCUUUGUCGUUUGAGAACAAAAUCACAAAUAAAUCAAGCACAGAAGACACGAAUUUGGAUAGAAAAAGGCAGCAUGAUGAAAUGAUGAUGAUCAUGGAUUGCGAACCCAUUGAGAAGAAUCCCAAAACUAGUUUCGGUGAUGAAAGUUUUAUUGUUGAAGAUCAAACAACAGCUACAGCAAUUCACGAAGAAAACCUAGAAAUUCUAAGGAAAAUGAAAGAAUCAGAUAUUUUAGAAGAACAACAACAAAUAAUGCAAUCAGUUGAUCCUGCUCUCAUAGAAUUCCUCGCCAAGAAACGAAAACAAAAAUUAGCACAAAAACAAAUGCAACCUAAUGCAACACUUUCAACGACCUUUGAACAUGUUGAAAAUAAUGAUUACGCUCAAUUGCCUGAAGGCAAUCCAGCGGUUGAGCUACUAAAGCAAAGUACAUCAGAAAAAUGGAUUAACUUUGAUGUUGUCGAAAAAGAUAAAUUGGAUUGGAUGAGAGACAUACCACUGACAGUACCCAAACUGGAAGAUAAUCAACCCUAUGAAGCUAGAUUUGAUUGGAAGGGUGUACUUCUCCCACAUACGGAUCUUUCCACUGAUUCUAAAGACAACAGGGAAUUAUAUUUGCAUGGAGAUGAACCCUCUCGACCAGGUUACACAUUACAAGAACUUUUUCGUUUAGCCAGAUCAAAUGUCAUCCAACAAAGAGUUUCAGCUUAUUCUGCAAUUGGUGGCAUUCUGAAUAUUUACAAUCAAGGUUUUUACGACAAUGUUCUUGAGGUCCCGAUAGCUAAGAUCUUUUUCCUCUUAAGAUUCGGCUUGGAUGAAAAUACUCUGGUAAUUCUAGAAGUUGUUUCAAAAGCUUUAGCAUUGAUGUUUUACAACGAGACCGAUGAGACUCUUUUAGACUUCACCUAUGAGAAUACCGGAUGUUAUUGGCAGCCAAAAUUGGAAGUCAAUUCAAUAGAUGAUACCGAUGAUCCAACAUCUAUUGAAUCACUUCAAAAGCAAAUGAAGAACUUAAAAGUAUCUUCUUCGUUGCGAGCUAGUGUUGAAGAAACAGAAGAAGAAAGUAAAACAUCAAUGACUGAUUUUCAAUUAGCUGAAACCGAUUUAAUUGAAUGUUUGUUAAGGUCAAACAUUAUACAAAGGAUUUACUUCAUAUUGAGCAGCGUAAAGCCCGACAACAGCACUGUUGUUUCAUGUUUGAAAAUACUCAUUCGAAUAGCCCGCACGAAUAAGAAUUCGGCCAUGCAUAUUUUUAAUUCUGAAGACUUAAUAACGUGUAUGUUUACAAAUUUUCUGCCCGGUCUUCAAAGCGUUGACACAACACAAUUAACUCCACCAUUCUAUAAGUAUCCACAGUAUCUUGUUCUUAAACUUUGUCGAAUUUUAAUCUCACAAAGUCUAUCAUUUGCUUUGAAGCUAAUCUCCUUGAAAAUUGUCGAUCGUUUACAAAACUAUCUCUUCAAUCAAGAAGACAUAAAGCAAAAUUUAAUAUUAGUACAAAUUGAAUCAUUGCGAGUCUUCCGUUCCUUGAUGUUACUUCGACCGGAUAAUGCCCUUUACAGUGAGUGCGUGCGUUUUUUUGUAUCGGUCCCAAAAGUAAUAAUCAAUUGUUUGUUUAGGAAAUUCUUACCUGCCUUCCGUUACAUGUUAGAAUGGCAUUAUCAUCAUGUUGUAUAUGAAAGGGGUGGGCCCUACCUUAUAAGACAACAUGCAGCAGCACUGCUAUGCGCAAUUUCCAGUGGGCCGAAUGGCUAUGAAGUGAGUUCUGUACUGGGAUCUUCUCUGGUUGAUUGCAGUAGUAACUGGUUUCAUAAGGCGACUAAGUGCGGAGUGGAAGAGUUCUCCCAAUCGACAUUGCUUACUUCAUGCCUGAAUGCUGUCGUUUGGUUCAUCAAAAACAAUGAUUUGGAAAAGUUCAAAGAAUUUCUUGGGAAAUACCUAAAGAAUUUUCUUGAAUCUGAAGCCUUUGUUCAAUUCGAAAAAUCUCUGAAUAUAACAUCGAUAGUUCUACGGUCAUCGGAUGUUAUUGACCGACGGAAUGUAUUCCCAGCUCUUCCGAAUGCUGGAGCAAUAUUAAUGCAGAAACAUGGACCACAAUUGGCGAUACCACAAACAUAUUGCAUUUACUUCCUGACCUCGCUUUGGCAAUUGGUAGAACAAAGUGUGAAAUAUGAUAAUAAAGUUCUGGUGAAUUGUUUGACAGAAGUACGAAUUAUCGAUUCUGUUGUUGAAUUUAUAAAAAAUAUUUCCAAUAACAUAAGUAUUUACCUGAGGACGAACUUUUUCGCAAAAUGUGAACUACGAUUGAUAUUUAAAUUACUAUGUUUUGAUGGAUUCAAAGAGUUUUUGGGAAAAGCAACUAUUUUAAGGGCAGUUUAUAAUUAUUUGGGUUGUUUGAGUGCUGAACAUAUUCCCGAAAUCGAAAGACUUUUUGAAAAGGUUAUUUUCAAUCGAGAAUACAUAAGUUCAGUGGAUGAGAAAACAUUAGACAAAUGGCGAAAUAUGUACCUAGAAGUAGUUUAUCCUCAUUAUGUUGUUGUGUCUCCUACAGAAAUUUCGCUGUCUAUACCUUUCUCUGCAGUUCCAAUACUACCCACAGAUUGGCCAUAUUUUCAAUUAAAAGCAAUUCUAGAAGAUUAUGUGCAAAAUGUUCAUCAGAGACCAGCGGCACUUGUUUCAGAAGGUGAAGUUGUACGAAUGACACUCACAUUCACGAGUAUUCUUGAAAAUGAAUCUUUUCAAAUAACAACACCAACGGAAAAGUUAAUGUAUCUAAUGAUCACUUUCAUGGGGCCGGAUUCCCAGUUUUUGGAACCAACAAUUAAAUCACUAUUGAGGGAUCACUUGAUGCACUUUUUCCAAUCUUUGAAAGAUAUAAGUUUUGAAUUCGACAAAGUUUAUGAAGGUAAAUGUAAAUUUCAAAAUCUCUAUGCACUUUUUGUGGAUCACUUUCAAGCGGCAAGCUAUGGUGAUGAUUUAUUUAGUGCAAUGGUUCUUGUACCACUAGCACAAAAAUAUGAUAAUAAGUGGCGUCGAAUGAUUUGGUCGGAACAUGCUUCUGUUCUGAGAUUUUUAAAUUGUGAUGAGAGUUUGCUAAUUGGAGGAUUGGAUGCAUACCUAAAUCCACCUGAAGUUGAGGAGUCAUUGAUUAAUUGCUAUGUAAGAGCUUUAUGUUCAAACUCCUUGCGGCCUAACACAAUAGUUCAUAAAAUAGCUCAGCAUCAUGUGGAGAAAUAUAAUGAAAUACAUAAAAAAUCUUAAAUAAAAUUAAGGUUUAUUUUUUUAAUUCCUUUUUUAAAUAAAAUAUAAAAUUGAUUUGAUAUUUUAAUGUAUUUAAAUGUAA